AUGAGGAAGAUAUAUGAAAGAAAGGGAAAAAAAUGUCCAAACUAUAUGAGAGUUAUAGCCGCUCCUACGGAGGAAAACAUCGCAAAAAUGGCAAACAAAAACCAGCUUCCAACAACAUCUGGUGGACAGCAACUUGGCAGCACACCAAUAUAUAAUCCUACUGUCCCUUUCGUGUACAAAUUUUCAAAGGGUAUAGAAUCAGGAAAGAUAUUUUACAUCAGCGGAAUGCCUUCCAAAACUCCGAAACGAAUUACAAUCGAUUUUAAGAGUGGACAAGACAUAGCUUUUCAUUUUGACAUUAGAAUCUGUUACGGUGAUUUUCGGAAUGUAAUAGUUAGGAACACCAGGCUCAGCAAUGGAUGGGGCCGAGAAGAAAGUAGUCUGAAUGGACCAUUUCCUUUUAAAGAAGACGAAUUCUUCGACAUAAUGAUUCUGAUUGAAUCGGCAAGCUUUAAGGUAGCAGUAAACAAUCAACCUCUAUUAGAAUUCAUGCACCGUGUUCCGUUCCAUCGCAUCGACACGCUACACAUAACUGGUGAUGUUCGGCUCUGUCAGGUCAGACCUUAGAUAUCAAACGGCCACUGAGAACAGCAGAAUGAUCGAGAGAAACGAAGAAAAUAUCCGAUUAACAUUUGCAAACAUUUUUAUAUCUGUAUUUUUCGUGCGCUCAUAAUGAUAUACAUAUGUUCAUUCCAUUCCCAUUUUAUUAUUUAAUAAAAUUGGUAAAAUUUAAUUGAAACUAUUGUAAAGAUGCAUGGAACAUUAAAGUGAAUUUACAAUGCU